AUGACGUCUGUUUCCUUCUCUAAGCUCCCUACAUACCAGGUUCUGCUCUCCAGAAUUCCAGAGUCAAGAAAUUUGGAUUAUCGAGAACUGUGGAUACGAGCUUCCUGGCAUACAGGUAGAAUUGAAUUGCUCUUGUAUCUCGCUCAAAUUUGGGUGGUAGUUUCCAGUCAAAUUGGGGGGGGGAUGAUAGUCGAUCGACGAUAAUACACAUAUUGUGACAUGCUUGAAUUAUCCAAGGUUAUCCUGGUCUAUGUGAGUGCCAUCAAUUCACAUCGACGUCGUAGAAGGUUCAAUUACACUUGCCUACGCUGCAAAGAUCCUUUUCAUUCAAUCAUUCUG